AGAUAGUUUUGAAGUUUUCAAAGACUGGCUCUGCUGUUAAGAAGUUGUACUUAAAGCGGAGGAGCUAAGCCACCUGCCAAAAUGUGCAAAGGACUUGCAGCUUUGCCCCACACAUGCCUGGAAAGGGCCAAGGAGAUUAAGAUCAAGUUGGGAAUUCUUCUCCAGAAGCCAGACUCAGUUGGUGACAUUGUCAUUCCCUACAAUGAGAAGCCGGAGAAACCAGCCAAGACCCAUAAACCCUCGCUGGACGAGGCCCUGCAGUGGCGUGAUUCCCUGGACAAACUCCUGCAGAACAACUAUGGACUUGCCAGUUUCAAAAGUUUCCUGAAGUCUGAAUUCAGUGAGGAAAACCUUGAGUUCUGGAUUGCCUGUGAAGAUUACAAGAAGAUCAAGUCCCCUGCCAAGAUGGCUGAGAAGGCAAAGCAAAUAUAUGAAGAAUUCAUUCAAACGGAGGCUCCUAAAGAGGUGAAUAUUGACCACUUCACUAAGGACAUCACAAUGAAGAACCUGGUGGAACCUUCCCUGAGCAGCUUUGACAUGGCCCAGAAAAGAAUCCAUGCCCUGAUGGAAAAGGAUUCUCUGCCUCGCUUUGUGCGCUCUGAGUUUUAUCAGGAGUUAAUCAAGUAGUAAUCUAGCCAGGCUAUGAAAUCAUCCUGUGAGUUAUUUCCUCCAUAAUAACCCUGCAUUUCCCAUUAAUCUACAUAUCUUCCCACAGCAGCUUUGCUCAAUGAUAUCCACAUGGAAAAAUCCCGGGGGAUGUUGCUUACUCUUUUUGCCCACAUAGAUUUGGAUACUUAUCUACCGUCCAAAGGCCUUGUUUCCCCACUCAAUUCUUCCUGCCCUGUUAUUAAUUAAGAUAUCUUCAGUUUGUAGUCAGACCCAGUCAGAAUCACAGACAAAUCCUGCCUAAGGCAAAGAAAUAUAACACAAAAAUAUGAUAUCAAUGAACGUGGGUUUAGGUAAUAGAUUUCCACCUAAAUUGGUCUAAAACAGAAUAUAAGUGUGGACAGACCUAUUUCAAAGGAGCUUAAUUGAUCUCACUUGUUUCAGUUCUGAUCCAGGGAGAUCACCCCUCUAAUUAUUUCUGAACUUGGUUAAUAAAAGGUUAUAAGAUUUUUAUGAAGCAGCCACUGUAUGAUAUUUUAAGCAAAUAUGUUAUUUAAAAUAUUGAUCCUUCCCUGGCACCACCUUCAUGUUAGCUGGGUAUUAUUAAUAAGAGAUACAACCAUGAAUAUACUGUGUUUAUACAAAAUCAAUCUGAGCACAAUUCAUAUAGAUUUCUCUUUUAUACCUUCCUCACUGGCCCCUUCCCCUGCCCAUAGUUACCAAAUUCUGUUUUAAAUCAAUGACCUAAGGUGAACAAUGAAGUAUUUUAUAAAUGUAUUUAUGCUCCUAGACUAUAGGUCAAAUGUUUCCAUUUUCAAAUUAUUUAAAAUUUUUAUGUGUUUAAAAUUCAUACAUUUCUAAAUCCAAUCAUGUAAAAUGAAACUGUUGCUCCAUUGGAGCAGUCUCCCACCUAAAUAUCAAGACAGCUAUACACUAACAAGAGAAAAUAUGGUCAAGUCUAAAAUGGCUAAUUGUCCUAUCAUGCUAUUAUCAUAGACUAAUGACAUUUAUCUUCAAAACACAAAAUUGUCUUUAGAAAAAUAAAUAUGACUACAGGUAGAGGCCUUCUAGGUGAGACACUUUUAAGGUACACUGCAUUUUGCAAAAAAAAAAAAAAAAAAGUAAUCUUUUAGCAACCCCAGUAUUCCCUCACUAUUUUGCUUUCUGCAUUAGUAAAUUUUACUUACAGUCAAAAGCGCAGAUUUAUACUCCUGACAUGCCUCAUUCACAGCUAAAUGAUAGGCCAUAGGACUUUUGGUAGGUUUAAACUUUUAAUUCUGUAUUUCAUGAUUAUAAGUCUUGCUAGAAUUUUUUCUAAUAUUUAGUAGAUUUGAUUAAAUAAUGAUUCACAGAAUUUAGUAACAGAAUCAAACUAAACCAUGUAUGAUGGUAGUCGAGAUGAGGAUAUUAACUCAAAAGAAAGAGGGUGAUUUUUAAAGGAUUAAUAAAAUUCUGAAAUGUUAAGUAG